AUGGAAUUUAAUUUAAUUGGAUUUAAUAAGAAUGCUCUUUGUCUAAAAAGAGUUAUCAAAGAAUUUACAGAUAAAACAUAUAUUCUUUCAUUGAGUAUUACUCAUGAUAAAUCAAAAAUUAUUCCAUUUAGAGAUAGUGCAAUAUUAAUGCAGGCAAUUACUCUUGAAGAAACUAAAGAUGGUUGUCUUAUAUCUGAUUAUGAAAUUAUUCAACCUAUUCCUUGGCUACAAUCAAAUGACCUUAAUGAAUCUCUUGAAAGGUUUAGUUAUAUCCCAAUUAGAAGAAUAAAAUCAUGUUUUGAUUAUUUAAAAUAUGAUAAAACUGUAGAAAGAAUAAACAUAAUUAAUGCUAUUACUACUGAGCGUAUUGGUCUUGAACUAACUCUAAAUGGAAAACAUGACAGUGUUGGAGAAGUUUGGUAUGAUUCUAAUAAUACAAGAAUUACAUGUGUUGAAUUUGUAUGUGAUCAGGCAUCAUUUAUUGUUGAAGGUUCAAUUCAAAAGAUAUGUGAAUUUAGAUUAUCAAGAAAAACACUUAUAGAACUAGUCUUUCAAGACCGUUGUAGAGUAAUAGAAACAGCUGAUAGUUUAACAACAAUAUUUCAUAAGUCAUGUCCUAAGUCUUAUCAAAAUGAUGGAGAAGACAUUUCAUUUUCUUCUUUUAUUUAUUCAGAAAAAUGUGCUUUAGUUCAUUUUAAGAGCUUAUCCACCCUUUCUUCUCAAGAAGAAAAUAAAGGGAUUCAAAAAUAUAAUUUUGGUCCAAGUUACAUUUAUGUUUGUGGUUGUGAAGGAACUUGGAAUAUUCAAUUCAAUGUUAAAGUAAUUGCUAAAACCUCUUUACCUCGUUUAAAUGAUAAAGUAGCUUUACAUGCUAUGUUAGAAUUCUUAAGAAAUAUCGAACUUUCUUUUCAAAACGUUUCUCCUGUUCAAAAUUAUAAACAACCAUUAACAAUUAUUACAAGUACAGACCCAUUUAUUCCUCCAUUAUUAAAAAUUCAAUUACCUUUAAUGGUUAAAAUAAGUCGGUAUUUUACUAAAGAAGAUAUCACUGCACUUUCUCGAACAAACAAACAACUAAAAGCAAUGAUGGAAUACUGUAGUAAACUUAUAAUUCAAAAUAAGCAACAACAACUUCAUCCUUUUUAUAACACACAACAUUCUCUGCAAAAUUAUUCUCAAUGUAUUUAUGAAGAAUGGAAAGAAGCGACUCCAAAACAUUCAAUAUUAACAGGUCAUACAAAUUUAAUCCGAGCAUUAGAUAUUAGUGAUGAUUGUUCAUUAUUAGUUAGUGGAAGUUCUGAUAGAAAAAUUAGACUUUGGAAUUUACAAGAUGAGUCAUCAAGAACAUUUGUUGGUCCAAAUAGUUGUUUGGUAUCCACUAAAUUUGUUAUGGAUAACUUCAUUGCAUCUGGAUAUCAUUGUGGAACCAUUAAAUAUAUUAAUUGGUCAGACUCUCGUGAGUCUCAAGUUUUUGAUGUUAAUGAAGGUAAGUUAGAGGGAUUUCUUCCAUUGAAGGAUAUGGACUUUAUUGUUUGGAAUGAAAAAAUAAUGGGAUAUAGAUAUUCUGACAUGAGACAAACUUUAUUAUUUACAUACUCUGGUCAUCAAAGAAAAGUUCAAAUUGUAAAACCUUUUAAUUCACUAUUUCUUAGUGGCUCUGCUGAUAGAACUAUUCAAUUGUGGGAUCCUUCAAUUUCUAGUCCAAGAAUAUCUAAAAUAAAAGGACAUAAGUCAGGUAUUGUUGGACUUGAACAAAUAAGUCCUUACACUUUUGUUUCUGCUGGAAAUGAUAGAUUAGUUCAUUACUGGGAUAUUAGAGAGUUAACACACCCAACUCAUUCUGUUAAGAAAAAAAUUUGUAAUAUGACUUAUAAUAAUGAGACACUGAUUUGUGGUGGUGAAAGUGGAGAAGUUUAUAUUUUUCCAACUGACAACCCAGCGCAGUCUACCACUUUAAACUCACAAAAUACCUCUGGACUAAUUAGUAUUGCUUCAAAAAAGAAUAUUAUUUGUUGUGGAUUUAAAGAUGGUACAAUCUCAAUGUGGAAAUAUUGA